AUGAAAGUUUUCACUAUAGCUUUGAAGGAGGCUUCUGAUGAACUUCUUGGAAGUAGGCUCUCAUCUCUCCAAAGUCACUCCUGCCAAUCUAUAAACCAAGCACCAGUGGUGUUGGAUGUGGAAGCAAUGCUGUUGAUUGCCACGUUUAAUUUUACAUUUAGGAAAUGUGCGGGAGCACUGUUGCCACUGGUACCAUCCACAACCUAG